AUGCUUGCUGGGGCGGUUCUUUUGCCAUCGACUAUACUAAGCGGCAUAAGUGCAGUCGCAGCUCCCACGUGCUUGAAUGCAAAUGUCCAAAAGAACUUGGUUCUGGCCCGGUUGAUUUCUCCUCCGGACUCCGACUGGCCUGUGCGCUCGCUCCCAGAAACGAGGUUGAUAUUAGCUGUGAGAAGUGAAAACUUCUCGCAGCCAUUACCAAUGUCUCACCGAACUUGGCCACAGCACAACGCGACGGGCCAGAAAUCCGCCGUCUCUAACCAUCCGAGCCUACACCGACGUCGAAAUGGUAGAAGCGGACCGAGAAGCUUAGUGCGGCCGGGACUAAACUAUAGCGCAGGCGGGAAAGGCCACGGCCUCUGGGUCCUGGUUGAGAAAGGUAGGGCUCAAGCAGGACGACAACGACCCUUUCUGAGUAUUGAGAGAAGGCGUAUUCUCUCACCGGUUGGGGCUGGGAUAAGAGAAGUGGCCGAGCCACCGGCGACCAUUGAGGACGUUGAUUUGCUAACAGAUGGAGGGAUUGAAGAUCACUCACGGGAGAGAAGCGACGAAAGGGACGAUGUAUCCUUAAUUAGUAUUGGGCAAGAGUAUGGUUCCCUUACCGGACCGAUGCUACAUGUUAGAGGGAGCAAGCCGAGUAUCGAUGGGGGCCUGCGCAAGUUGAACGGAAUUCUGCCGGACGGCCUCCACAAUAUUAAUGCUCCUAGUCCUGAUGGUGGAAGUUGCUCCGCUCUCUUAGGGAGUUUUGACUCUGCUCUCGUUGCGAGAUCAGUCCUAAGUCGAUCUCACCCCAUGAAAGAUGUGCCAUAG